AUUUUAUUGUUAUAGUAACGUGUGUUAUGGUGGCUUGUCAGUGAUAGAAAUUAUUUUAUUUAUGUGAUAACUCGGAGCUGUCGAGCGUGACAGAAUUAAAAUCCAACAUGAGUGUGAAUUUUAGUGCAAAUCAGUACGAGAAAGCAUUUCAUCCAACCUCUUUGCAGAACUGGGAAGUCCCCAAAGGAUUUGGUCGACAUCCCAAUGCUAAAGAUGGGUCAACACGUGUCAUAUCUUCAGGUAAAGGUCAUUUGUUACCAGGAGUGAUGAGGUCAAGGAGUUCACCAUGGGGAACAUUUGUUGGAACAUGGGAUAUGCCCACAAAAAUACCAGGAAAUACGAUAACAAACCACACAGCUCGAGCCGAACAUGCCCUGGAAAACCUCUACAGUAUUAAAGCACAUGGAGAUUUAAUCAUGAGUGGAAAACUCAAAAACAGCAAGGUACCCGAUCCUUUACCAGUUAAAGCAGACGUCAAUGCUUCACAACCGACGGCAAGAAGUCCUGAAAUUCGCUCCGGUGCCAAAAACCCCAUUCCUGAUUCCACAUUACCCAAGGCUGGAUCCCCUAAACCAACAUCACCAUGCCAACAGAUUACAUCACCAGUUGCUAGUAACCAUGGUGAUAGUAAUUGUAACAAUGAUAGUUCACGAAGAACCCCUAUUGAUUCCUCGAGAAUUCCUGUACCACAGAAUCUCGACUUUGUAUAGACUAAAGACAUGUUAAAAGAGUGGAGGUUAGAGGUCGUGUUGGAGAGGUUAAAGGUCGUGACGAAUAAUUAAGCACUAUUUUAUCACAUUUUUAAAUAUAUUACAAAAAACACACUAUGAAUGCAAUAUGAACCACACGUGUAUUUAGUUGGCCUAAUAUCCCGAUUUUUAAAGUUAAUACUUCUUCCAAUAUUUGCCUAAUAUCCUGAUAUUAAAUAUUAAUUCUUCGGCACUGAUGGUAUGUUAAAUUAGACAUGUUAUAUAAUAUAUUGUAUUGAUGUUUAAAACAUAGGCCUGCUUUAAUUAAUUCACAAUCUUUAGUUGUCAUGCUAUAUAUAUAUAUAUAUAGUAUUGAUGUUUAAAACAUAGGCCGGCUAUAAUUAAUUCACAAUUUUUCCAUAAAUGUCCUGAUUCUCAAGGUAAUAAUCAGUUUCACACACUUUUUACCUCAAUAUACUGCUUCCCACAAUUUCCAUAAUAUUCCAUUUCUUGGCAUGUUUUAAAUAGUGAAGUUUCUUUUUAUAUCCCGAUUUUCAAAAUGAAUACUGGGCAAUAUGUUUCCCCAAUAAUGAUUGCAAGCGUCAUCCCCUCUAAGCUACCGUAAAAAAAAACAAAACAAAUUCAUGCACACUGGUUACUAAAUAUUGGAGGGAAGUUAUCGAGUCAGCAUUAGAUGUUAUAUCUUUUAGGACUGGGUGUUAUUUCUAUUUCAAUUAAUAUAUUACAAGUCAGCAUUAGAUGUUAUUUCUGUUGGGACUGGGUGUUAGUUCUGUUAGACAAGUCAGCAUUAGAUGUUCUGGACUGGAUGUUAUUUCUAUUAAUAUUAAAAUAUUACACAAGUCAGCAUUAGAUGUUAUUUCUGUUGGGACUGGGUGUUAGUUCUGUAAGACAAGUCAGCAUUAGAUGUUAUAUCUUUUUGGACUGGAUGUUAUUUCGAUUAAAAUUAACAUAUUACACUGUCAGCAUUAACGGGACUGGAUGUUAUAUCUAUUCAAAUAAUACACAAGUCAGCAUUACCGUAGAUGUUAUUUUUAUUAGACUGGAUGUUAUUUCUAUUUCAAUUUAAAUAAUAUUAAUGUAUUUAUCCCUCACUUUUCAUGUACACAAUUUGAUGGAUUCGAUAAAUAACAUUAUUAUCUACUUUUACUUUAUCAUUAUAUAUUAGAAGUUAAUGAAUCAAAGGUCACCUGUUGAGACAAACUUAGUGAUUUAAAACAAUCAAAUUAUACAUUAAAGAUACAUUAUGGGAGAUUAGAUAAAGAGCUGGCAGUUCUCAAUAUAAUAGUUAAAAACUAGAUAAUGUAAAGGCAAUUUGCUGAAAAUUUCAGUCAAAUUGAUCCACUCUGAACCAAGAUUUUUGCGAUUUAAUUUUGGGUCUAGUCUCGAUCAACAUUACUAAAGUCGGUACUAUAAAAAACAUAGUCUCGAUUAUCCACUUUUUUUAUUUAAUUAUCAACAAGUCGCAGAUAGGAUUCUAAUCCAGAAUAUAUAUCGCAGGCUAGCGAAGACAUUGAGAGUUGAUUAUGGUCUGGAUAAGUUAAUUAAUGUCUAAUUAAUAAUUUAGAAAACAUUUCAGGCGUAAAGAAUGACCUGCAAUGGGCAGAUUUAGCUCUUGCAUAAUGUAUGUUUAAUCCGAAUUAUGUUUUCAUCAAAUUUAACAGAAAUCAGUAAGAAAUAAAAUUUGUUAAAAGUUAUUUUGUGUGGUAGAACUGGAUAAUGACUAAAAUUUAUAUAAGAUUAUUAUUGAUUGAUGAGUUUAUUAAGUUUGUAUGUUUUUAGAGAUUGUUUAAGAAAGAUAUUUGUAUGAGCCUAUUACGUGUUAAAGAUGCAUUAUGUAAGAUUUAGAUAAAAAGAUGGCUGUUCUUGCUAUAGUAUAAUAAUUCAAAAAUAGAUAAUGAAAAAUUAAUAUAUUUAAAAUUUUAUUCUGGGCGAAGUUAUGGCUGUUUGAAGAUGUAGCUUAGACUGUUUUAUUAUCAUAGCAACGCUACUUGACAACCAAGACCUAGCCUCGAGACAAGGAGUAGGGUCACCUGUCCAACCUCGUGGGUUUUCUCUGGGUCCUCCGGUUUCCUCCCACUGCUAAAGACCCCAAUGCACAAGCCAAUUAUUGAAAUAAGAUUGAACCAUGUGUUAGUCCCGAAAUGACCAAGUUUGUGUGGACAGGACGUUAAACCCCAUUUCUCUCUCUCUCUCCUCGAUUUUCCAUUUUAUCGUUAAAUUUUUAAAUCGCACGAAUGUUUAGAUUCAUUUAAAUCUCGACCAUCCAAUGGUUUAAAGAGUUGAUUAUAGGCUUGUCAUAUUAAUAAAUGUUAAAAUAAUAACUUAUAUACCAUUUGAAGUCAAAUUAGAGAUCUGCAGAUUUAGCUCUAACAUAAUUUGAUAGUUUCAUUUUUAAAUCUAAUUGAUUACAGUCUCUGCCAUCAGAUAAUCCAGAGAGUUGAUUAUAGGCAUGUCUUGUGAAUAAAUAUCUAAAUAAUAGUUUGUAUUGAAGCCACUUGAAAGGCCUUACAGAUUUAGCUCUUACAUAAUGCAUCUUUAAGGAUAUACUUUUAUAGAAAGAUUUUGUGAUAUUUGUUUUUAUACUGGAUAGACCUGGUUUGUCACCUAUUUAUUGACGUGUAAUUAUUGAUAUUUUUUAUUUCACUACUGAUAUUUAUAAUCUUCAAAAAUAAAUUUAUUCUCACUUA